AUGUUGUUCACACUUUCCUCACAGACGCUGUUCCUGCAAGAUAAUGCCAUCGGUCAGAUCCGCCGGCAGGACCUGAGCCCGCUGGCACACCUGCGCUACCUCUACCUGCAGAACAACAGUAUCUCUGCGGUGGAGCCGGGCUCAUUCCAGUCGCAGGCGCAGCUGCUGGAGCUGGCGCUUGAUGGGAUCAGGAUCCGGUCCGUGACAGCUGACACCUUCCGGGGACUGCGCCACCUGCGCAUCCUCUACCUGGCCGCCAACCACAUUGCGCGACUGCUGGACUUCACAUUUCGUGGCCUGCAGCGGCUGCAGGAGCUGCACCUGCAGCACAACGGCGUGGAGGCGGUGGGUGACCAGGCGCUGGCCGGUCUGGCCUCGCUGGCGCUGCUGGACCUGAGCGGGAAUUGCCUGCACACCAUGGCGGCCGCUGCACUGCGGCCGCUGCUCAGCCUACAGGUGCUGCGCGUCACCGAGAACCCAUGGCGCUGCGACUGCGCCCUGCACUGGCUUCGGAGCUGGAUGGAUGACGAGGGCCGGCGGCUGCUUAGCUCGUCUGAGCGCCGGCGCCUGCGCUGCCGUGAGCCGCCACGACUCUCGCGCCUGGGCUUGUUGGAGGUGCCGCCCAACAGCCUGGUUUGCAUCCCGCCCCUGGUGCAGCUGGAGCCCCGACGUAUGGCCGUGCGCCUGGGCGACAGUCUGCGCGUCUCCUGCCACGCCUCCGGAUACCCGCGCCCGCAGGUGACAUGGAGGAAGGCAUCUUCGGACAAGGCGUCACCACCGGUGCCCCGAGGGCUGGUGCACGACCUGGGCGGCGGGGCCCGAGGAGCGGGCAGCGGGACGGAGCCGUCGGAGGGCGGCCGGGCUCACGUGCAGAAGAGCGACGAGAGCGCCUCGCACUUUGAUCCCGACACGGGCAGUGGGAUGCUCUUCCUCAGCAACGUGACGGUGGCACAUGCCGGCGUGUACGAGUGCGAGGCCUGGAACGCGGGCGGCACAGUGCGGGUCACCUUCCAGCUUGCCAUCAACUCUUCGUCCUCGUCUAUCUGGGCCGGCUGGGCGCAGGCGGCGCCCCUCGACACGCCGGUGUGGCCGCGCCUGCGGAGUGGCGGCGGUGAGGUGAGCCAGGAGCCACUCUACGCUCUGGGCAGCAUGGCCUUUGGCGCACUGGCCGCUGCCACGCAGAUGGCCAUCGCCGCCGGCAUCUCGCUGCUGGUGCUCACCGCGCUGCUGCUGGUCGCCAUGAUCUACAGCCGACGACUGCGAGAACACAAGGACCAGCACGCUGCGAACAAGCAGGAGGAAAGCAUCCUUUACCUGAACGACUACUCGGACGGGCCGACCACGUUCGCCCAGCUGGAAGAGUUCCGGGACGAGCGUGGCCACGAGAUGUUCAUCCUGAACCGUGCCAAACCCGCUGCCCCCCCUGACGCCGGCGGCCCCUCUGGCUCCUUGGCAACCGGCCCACCUCCCAGCCCCUCGCUCCCCACCGCUGAGGCGGACAGCGACAUUCAGACCGCGCGAAGAAUUGCUGGCGAGGGUGGCGAGGCGGAGCCGGUCAUGACGCCAGAGGGCGAGGGGGUCUUUGUCAACCACGCCGGCUUGUUUGUGGACUCCCUGACGGCCUACGAGAUCAACUGCUGAAUACAGGCCGACACUGUGACCCGAUGGCUGUGCUUUUAUCAAAACUCCUUGGACAAACACUGAGCAGCUUUCUGGACUUUCGUGUACUGGCGCAUGUGCUUCUCCUUCGUACUCGUCUUCUUUGGAAAGUGAGCAAGAGAAAAUAGAAUUUUGCAGACAAACCGGGCUUGUCCUUUGAAAAUAGCAGCGAAAGAUGGAGGGUCACCUGACAUCGUUUGGUGAUGACAACGGCUGUAUGUUGCUGUUUGCAAGUGCAAUUUUGUCCUCACUGUUAAAGUAAAAAGCACCACGUG